GCUGAUGCAACAUUGCUGUAGUGGACAGGCUCUCUCUUCUAAAAAGUGAAUAAAACGUGCACUUUUAACUUGGUUUUACACUAGAUUUUCUAAACGUUUUGCCUAACAAUGGCGGAAGACGAUGCGAUCUUUGAUCCUUCCUUGAUGAAGAAAAAAAAGAAAAAGAAGACUCCGUUCGAUCUGGAUGCUAUGUCCGGUGCGCCGGAGGAAUUGGCGGAUGUGGAUUCGAUGGUAGCGGCACCCAGCGAAUCAAAACCGGUAGCCGAAGGAGAAGAUGACUUGGAUCUAGAAAACUUUAACAAGAAAAAAAAGAAGAAGAAGAAGCCAUUCAACUUAGAUGAGCUGGAGGGUGCGCUUCCCUCGGGUGCUGGUGAAGGAGAUGCUGAAGCGAAGGAAACUAAGGAGGACGGUGAAGUCGUCGCAGAUGAUGGACUAGACGAAGACUUUAAACUCGACUUUAGUAUGAAAAAGAAAAGGAAGAAGAAGAAGGAUCUUACAGAGUUAAUGGAGGAACAGGAGCUGGUCGACGGACAAGAAGUUCAGGACGAUGAGAAGGAUAAUGAUUUUACAUGCCUUACCGAGAAUGAUGGGACCGUCGUCGAAAGUGCGGAUGAGAAUGCGACUUCGUGGGCGGGGUCGGAUCGGGACUACACCUACGACGAGCUGCUCAAUCGUGUGUUCGAGAUUAUCCUCGACAAAAACCCCGAGAUGGCCGGUGGUCGUAAACCGAAGUUUGUGAUGCGCCCGCCGCAAGUGUUGCGAGUAGGCACGAAAAAGACUUCGUUCGCGAACUUUACGGAAAUUUGUAAAACCCUUCAUCGGCUACAAAAGCAUUUGCUCGAUUUUCUGCUUGCGGAAUUGGGUACGAGCGGAUCGGUCGACGGUAACAAUCAACUCAUCAUCAAGGGUCGCUUCCAGCCAAAACAGAUUGAGAACGUGCUGCGAAGAUACAUCAAGGAAUACGUCACCUGCCACACCUGCCGUUCUCCAGAUACAAUUCUCCAGAAGGACACCCGCCUGUUUUUCCUACAAUGCGAAUCAUGCGGCUCCCGGUGUUCCGUUGCUAGUAUUAAAUCCGGUUUCCAGGCUGUCACAAGUAAACGUGCCGCCAUGCGUGCGAAGACCGCCUAAACCGCAGACCGGUCAACGUUUGCCUAGAGGAUUUUAUAAAGAAAAGCGUCGGGUGACGAUGACGUUAAUGUUUCGGAGUGAAUUAGUGCCCGUUUGCUUUUUGAUUUACGGCCGCUUUUCCUUUCUUUCCCUUAUGGUUCAUCUGUUACACUUAUGUGUGAGAGUUCGAUUUUGAAUGUCGCGAUGUAAGGUGUAGUAUUUGGAAUGAAGUUCAAUCUUUUUAUGGUCCCUGUACCUAGCCUGUCUGGUUCGGAUAAAUUUUUGUCUGUCAUGAUGUAUUUUCGAGGGCAGCGGUAAGAUCGAUGCGCAAAUUCCGCACCAUCCGUGCAAACUCCUACACAUCUAAAGAAAAAUAAAAGAUAACCAAUCAU